AUGGGGUUCUCAAAAUUCUUCAAACGCUCGAAGGACGCAUCGUGCUAUGGGAGCGGCGAUACGCACAGUUCUUACAUCAAUGGCACCAGAUCAGCGGAGACACUUGUUCCACCCGAAGAUACCAGGCAUUUCAUAGCCGAUGAACUCUCAAGUCCAUCUCUCGCCAAUCAGCGAAGCUCGCGCCUUGAUUCGCAACCACCCGCAGCGUCUGAUGAAUUUGCGGUUCAAAUGGUGCAACCCACCCAGCCUCUCUCCCAAACGACAGUGGUUCAAUCAAAUGCCGCAUCAUCACUAUGGAGUCGUGCUUACGAAACUCUUCGAGACAAGGAUAGCCAGCUAGUGUGUCGAUAUGAGAAACUACUCUCGGAGGAGUUGCUUGACCAUGUAUCCGCUGGCUCUGCCGCGUCACAAGAAACUCUUUUCCAGGGCGAGGAUAUAUGUCAUGCUAUGAACCGCAUUCAAACCGAUAGUGGCACGCGCAGUGAUCAGCUCGAGAAGAUCAUCCAUCGGGGUCUUCAACGAGCUGACGAAAGAAAGACUACGUAUACUAUUUUCGGCCGCGAGUUCGUUCUCAGGGACCAGAUUGCGGCAACUGCCAAGUUUGUUCAAACUAUCAAAAGUCUUGUCGAUGAGGCUGUCAAGGCGUCUCGCGAGGCAUCCCUUGCCUGGGCUGGUGUCUGUGUCCUCCUCCCAGUACUCACAAACCCGAGCGCAGCAGAAGAGGCCAACCAAAGUGGCUUGUUUUACGUCUCCUCUCGUGUACGGUACUAUGUCGAGCUCGAAAGUCUUCUGUGGCCGGAAAACCUGCAACGACCGGGUUUGAAAGGACAAUUCGACAGCCAUAUUGUCGAUCUAUAUCAGCACAUUCUCGAGUUUCAGAUCAAGUCCGUCCUGCGAUUCUAUGGGAAGUGGCUGGCGCAUCUGAGCCGUGAUAUCAUUCUCUACGAUGACUGGCAGGGAAUGCUAAAAAAGAUUAAGGAAUUGGAACAGAUGAUUCGGGACGAAUCAAGCACUAUCAAUACCAUGGCUUCACGUGAAAAUCUGGAAGCCAUCAGCAAAUCAACAGAACAACACUCUGCUGACAUGCAACUAUUGCUGAAGGAACACUUGCAGGUGUCCAAGGAACAUCGCGACAUUGCAUCCAUGCACCUGGAUGAACAGAAGCGUACGAACGAAAUACUCGAUUGUCGCAUAAACCUUCCGAGCAUACAACUUCCAACCGUCGACAAAGCACGCUACGAUAGCGAUGAUGUUCGAGGAAGUCCGUUAUGUGAGGAUGGUACCCGAUCUCUCAUCCAGGAACAGAUCACCAAUUGGGCGAUUGAGGACAAUAGCGAACCUAUUCUUUGGCUCCAGGGCCCGGCGGGGACCGGUAAAUCGACUAUCGCGCGUACUGUCGCGGUGUCUUUCGUCAAGACGCGGCAGCUAAUUGCUGGCUACUUUUUCAAGAGAGGCGAGCAGGGCCGGAACAGUACCGCUCGACUAUUCCCUACCAUUGCCAUGCAACUAGUCGAUACCAUUCCCUUCUUCAAAGAUAUCCUCCGUAAAUAUCUCGACGGUCUCAGCAAAGAGGCGGUGGAGGAAAAGGCUCUUGAGUACCAGUUCGAACAGCUUCUCCUCAAGCCUCUUAGGCAGCUGCCUCGCAGCAACGCGUCUGACGGUACGAAGGUCAUCAUUAUCGACGCCUUAGACGAGUGUGAGUGCACAGAAGAACAACUAUUGCGAAUUGUCAAUCUGCUUUACCAACUUCGGACCAUUAGCACGGUCUGCUUGCGCGUACUGCUUACGAGCAGGCUGACCCCUGAAAUUGUCUAUGCUUUGAAGCCCCUCCAGCAGAAGAGAAUGAUUCAAAGUUUAGAUCUUCACCGAGAAUUCUCUAGAGAAACCCGAGUCGAUGUCCAAACUUUCUUGAGAGCAAGAUUCGCAGACAUCAAAGAAAGGGCUCAUAUUCAACAAGAUCCUUGGCCAUUGCCUGGGGAGUUGAAUCGUCUAGUACAGUUGGCUACGGAUCCCGAACCGUUAUUCAUCUACGCUGCUACACUUUGCAGGUUUGUCUCUGGAGGAUCGCGCUUGAAUGAAAUCAAAAAGAGCCACGCCAGAAAGAACCCCAAACAACAGUUGAUGAUAUGGCUCAAACAGUGCGACAGCAAUAAGUCCCAGUUAAGCCAGAUUUACGAGCCCAUUAUUCGCCAGGUAUUUGGUGAUGAUGAAGAUGCAGAUUCUGAGCUGCAACUAAAGUUCUUAGGUGCUCUUGUACUUCUUGCAAAUCCACUUCCAGCUACAUCUAUCGCCUCACUCCUUGGCCUGGAUAUUGACGAUAUCAACUGGUGGCUUCUGCACCUACACCCGGUUUUAGACAUACCAACAGAAUCUCAUCGCCCCAUACGGCUACUACAUAAGUCAUUCAGCGACUUCCUUCUUGCUCCGGAUAACUCCAGCAAUGGCUUGUGUCAAGUAAACGCUGACCAGACGCACGCAAUGCUUGCGGCAAAAUGUAUUCAGUGCAUGAAAUCAGGGCUCAAACGGGACAUCUGCAAUAUCGGAAAGCUGGAUAUGGCCAAAGACGAGAUCGACCCGCGAGUUAUUGAAAAGCACGUCCCUCCUGAACUGCGGUACGCUUGCUUGUACUGGGUGUAUCAUUUGCACUACUGUGAGCAAGUAAUGGAUGAUGAAAUUUACGCCUUUCUCUCUGAGCACUUCCUUCACUGGCUGGAGGUUCUCUCACUUUUAGGGCGAAUUUCAAAUGGAGUUACAGCAGUCAGAGAGCUGCUUGAAAUAAAUAAGUCCUUUCCCAGAACACCUGAAUUCAAAGCUUUCAUACAGGAUGCUAGCAGGGUUAUCUUAACCUUUGUCCCUAUUAUUGAACGCGUACCCCUACAAACCUAUGGAGCAUUACUUUUGUUCUCUCCUGUCGCAAGCAAAGUACGCCAAACAUUCUGGCAUCAACGACUACCUGAUAUUACGUGUUUUGGAGAUAUAAAACAUGAUUGGGAUUCGCACCUACAGACGCUGGAGGGCCAUACACAACCGCUUAACGCGGUGGCUUUCUCACCAAAUGGCCAUGUAAUCGCAUCAGCCUCGUAUGAUAAGACGGUACGGCUCUGGGAAGCAGCAACAGGCACACACCUCCAGACACUAGAGGGCCAUGGCAUGGCAGUUAGCGCAGUAGUCUUCUCACCAGACAGCCAGUUAGUUGCAUUAGCUUCGUACGAUAAGACGAUACGACUAUGGAACGCAACAAGAGGUAGACAACGCCGGGUACUUGGGGGGCAUAACGGUUGGGUCAGUGCAGUAGCCUUCUCGCCAGACGGCAAGGUAAUCGCGUCGGCCUCAUACGACAAUACAGUACGGCUCUGGGAUGUAGAUGUAGCACAAGACACAGGUUGCCAGAUGAGAGAAGGUCAUUUCUCCCGGGUCAACACCAUUACCUUCUCACCAGACAACCAGGUAGUUGCAUCAGCUUCGUGCGAUGAGACGGUACAGCUCUGGGAUGCAGCAACAGGCACACAUUACCGGACGCUGGGAGACCAUAAUAGUUCAGUUAGCGCGGUAGCUUUUUCGCCAGACGGUCAAGUAAUCGCAUCAGAUUCGGAUAAAUUAGUACAUCUUUGGGACGUAGCAACAGGCACGCAUCGACAGACGCUAGAGGGCCACAGCAGUUGGGUUACUGCGGUAGCUUUCUCGCCGGAUGGCCAAGUAGUCGCAUCAGCCUCGUAUGACAAGACAGUACGGCUCUGGAACGCAGUAACAGGCACACAUCGUCAGACGAUAAAGGGCUACAACGACUGGGUUGGCAUAGUGGCCUUCUCACCGAACAGCCAAGUAAUCGCAUUAGCCUCCGAUGCGAUAGUACGACUCUGGGACACAGCAACAGGCAUACACUGUCAGACGCUAGAGGGCCAUGACGAACGGGUUGGCGCGGUAGCCUUCUCACAAAAUAGCCAAACAGUCGCAUCUGCCUCUUUUGAUAAUACGGUACGACUGUGGGACGUAGCAACUGGUACGCAUCGCCAGACACUGAGGGGCCACAGCGACUGGGUAAGCGCGGUAGCUUUCUCUCAAGAUGACCAGGUGGUCGCAUCGGCCUCGGUCGACAAGACGGUAUGGCUGUGGGACGUAGCAACAGGUACACACCACCAGACGAUAGAAGGAUCUACCCUGAGUCUUACUUUCGACCCCUUAUGCAGCACGCGACUGCUUACUGAUUUUGGGAUUGUUGACUUGCUAAGCGGGUCUACGACAAGAGGAUCGUUGUUCUCUGAUGAGACGGCGUUGUCCUCGGUCAUCUGUGGACUCGGCCUUAGUCCGGACACAACUUGGAUUAUGAAAGGUAAUGAAAAGGUUGUCUGGCUUCCUAUAGAGUACAGACCGACAUGUUCAGGCGUAAGAGGUUCAGUGAUGUUUAUUGGCUGUGCUUCGGGCCGUGUAAUCCGGGUUAAGCUUACGACAUCGUGA